GCUAAAAGAAGAAGAGGGGUGUCCUCUGUUUUAAAACAUGGGUUCAAAAGUAACACGCCUAAUUAGAAACUUUAACUUAGAGAAUCGAGCUCACCGAGAAAUCAGCAAAGCAAAGCCUCGAGCAGCACCGCGGCAUCUGACAGAAGGAGGAAUCACACACGACCACCAUGACGCCACAAGCACUACAGAAGACGUCCACCGGAGGAACGAUCCACUGCUCUCAAUGCUCAAGGACGUUUAUGUGGAGUCCAAAGACCCAGUUCCUCCGGGUGAUGCUGUAGUUCAGACGCUGGAGCAGGAGACGCAGCGCCGACAGCUGAAGUUCAGUUUACCGGGAGACCCCUACGGUUUCUGUGACGUCAGCGAUGUCCCCAAAGGAAAACUCUCUCUGGUAGAAGCCAUGACUGCCCUGAACAAUCACAAAAACCUGCCUGAAACCUGGACUGUUGAGAAGCUGGCGCAGGAGUACUCUUUAGACCCGAAAGAUGCCAAAGCACUGACGGAUUUCUUCUUCCCUUUCAAUGUCAAAGUCAUUUCCAAAAAGCCAGAGGAGACCAAGCAGAUCAAGGAGGAUUAACGCUCGUCUGACUCCAGAAGCCGCGUCUGAAACUGCACACUGUAUGAUGUCUAAAUGCAUGUGAAAGGACUGUCCUAAUUAUUUAUUUUGUAUGAAAUGCAUUUGGAGGGACUAGUAAGGCAAAUAAAGAAUAAGUCGUCAGAUCCAUUUGUAAAGCAGAACGAAUUAUUGUAAUGAAUAAAUAUGAGGGAUUGCACUCGGAAA